GGGCUAUGAACAAAGGAGAGAGACAGAGAGACGAAGUUGUAGUUUAUAGAAACUUGUACAGCGAUGGCAGGGAUUGCGUUUGGCACUUGCUGUUCAACUAUCUCUUCCACCAGCAAUUUCCGCACUUCUUGGUUGAAACUUGAGACUCGUUCUCAUCGAGGAGGAACCAUCUUAGGGAAAUCAAACAAUGCCAGGACUUUGGCAAUUAGAGCACAAGUGAAUUUUGUGAAUGCAGACGAAGCUAAAGAAUUAAUUGCAGAGGGAUAUACGGUUAUUGAUGUUCGGGACAAAUCUCAAUAUGAUCGAGCUCAUAUCAAAUCAUGUUAUCAUGUGCCUCUUUUCAUCAAAAACGAAGACAACGACAUCGGCACAAUUGUAAAGAGGACUGUGCACAACAAUUUCUCGGGUCUGUUCUUCGGGAUACCUUUCACUAAACCCAACCCAGAAUUUGUACAAUCUGUGAAGGGCCAGUUUUCACCUCAGAGUAAACUGUUACUGGUGUGCCAGGAAGGAUUGAGAUCAGCUGUUGCUGCUAGUAAGUUGGAGCAGGCUGGUUUCCAAGAGAUAGCAUGUAUAACAUCAGGGCUGCAAAAAGUAAAACCAGGAGUAUUUGAUUCUGUUGGAUCCACUCAGUUGCAAGAUGCUGGCAAAGCUGGUUUGGUAACAGUACAAGGAAAGAUCUCAGCUGUACUUGGAACCGUGCUAGUCUGUGCGUAUUUGUUCAUCACCUUCUUCCCUGAUCAAGCAGAGAAGCUACUUCAAUUGGCGCCUACAGGCUAGCUAGCUUUCAUAAAAUGCUAAAUCUUACACUACAGUUUUGCAGCUCAAUCCAAACUCCCCAGUGAUUUGGGAAAAUUGAAGUUUUUGAGGCAUCUGCUACGCGACAUCAAAGGCAAAAGAGAAAGGAAAGCUAGCUUGUAUUUGCGUGUAUGUAGCUUGUACAUUUCAAGUAUAGAUGCAUCUGUGAAUGUGUUCUAUGUUUGCAAUUUAAAUCUUCUUC